AUGUCUGAUGAUCAGAAGAAACAGUGUUUCCAGUUUCAGGGAGACUCUCAGGCCCAAAGAGAAGAACAGGGCAUGAUGGCUGAGGGGGAGAAGUCCACUGACAGUAACUCCUCCUCUUCCACAAGCCCAACCGUUCUCAGGAAGAAGCCUGCUGGUGGCAUACCAGAUUAUCCCCAGAGUCCUAAGAGAGCUUUAUCUCCUCCCAAUGUCAUGGCCACCAUUCCAAUGUCUGCAUCUGAUGAGGCCAAUGGCUACCAAAUAGAGGAGGUGGGAGAGCCCUUGCAGUUGCAUCAUGCACUAAAUGCAAAGGUAGCUGAUUUGGUGCAGUUUCUGCUCUUCAAGUACAGAAUGCAGGAGCAGACCAAUAAGGCAGAGAUUGUAGAAAUGAUUAUCAGAGAUGACGAGCAGUAUUAUGACAGGAUCUUUAGUGAGGCCACUAAUGGUUUGAACCUAGUCUUUGGCAUUGACACGAUAGAAGUGGACCCUGUUGUCCAUACCUAUGUCCUAGUCAUUGCCCUGGGGCUCACCUAUGAUGGGAUGUUUACUCGUGUCCAGGGCAUGCCCAAGACAGGCCUCCUGAUAGUUGCCCUGGGUGUCAUCUGCAUGAAUAACAACUGUGCCCGUGAGGAGGCGAUCUGGCGAGCACUAAAUAUAAUGGGAGUAAAUUCUAUGGAAAAUCACUAUAUAGCUGGGAAUGUCAAGAAGCUUUUCACUGAAAAUCUCGUGCAGGAAGGGUAUGUGGAGUACCAGCUGGCGCCUGACAGUGACCCCCCUUACUAUGAGUUCCUGUGGGGUCCAAGGGCCCAUGCUGAAACCACACCUAGAGAUGUCAUAGAGUUCUUGGCUCGGAUCAACAGGAUUAACUAA